CAAGAUUAUAGAUAUGGCCCAAGCUGUGGAGAAGGAGUUAAUCUGUCCGAUAUGUGCGGACUAUUUUACCAGUCCAAAGGGUCUACCUUGUCUACAUACGUUUUGCAGAGAUUGUUUGAAAUCGCACAUCAUGUCACAGGUAAAUAAAGGACAAUUUUCCUGUCCUAUGUGUAGGACGAGCGUGCCUGCUCCAGAAGAAAAGCCUCGUUCUGAAUGGGUAGACAUCUUUCCAACAAAUCAUCAUGUGGUCAGCAUUAUGGAUAUUGUUGUUCCUAAUUUUGAACCAAUUUAUUGUAAAAUAUGUAAAGAAAGGGGAUUACGACAUAAAGCAGUGAAACAUUGCAAAGUAUGUGUAGAGGACUUUUGUUUUGAAUGUGCAAGACUUCAUAAUUUGUUUAAUGCAACGAAAACCCAUGCUUUAUCGGAAAUAGAGAACAAGCAACGUAAGCCAGACACAAGACCAUCCGCUUCCAAAACUUCAGAUCGAUCCUCUAAAAGCAAUUAUGAUAACUAUAUUAUAAAAGCAAAGUUUAAAGGAAGCAUUGAUUUGAAAACUGACCACGGUGAUGAACCAUCCUUUAUAACAAGCUUGAUAUUUUUGGAAGAUGACCGCAUUGUUGCUGCUGAUAACGUCAAUUAUAAGAUAAAACUUUUUGAAAGCGAAGGGAAAUUUGUGUCAGAGAUAUGCCAAGUUCGUCCUUUUGGCUUAACCCUAAUUCAUCAAACUUAUAUUGCUUCAACUGAAGCAGGAUACAUUAAAUUUUUUCAUGUUUAUCCAAAUAAAAUCAAAAUUGAAAAAACAUACAAUGCAGAAUGGAAAAUAUAUACUCCUCAUGCAGUGCCCGUGUCAAAUGCUCUGCGCGGUCUCCACUAUUGUAAUGGUCAAUUUGUUGUUUGCUCUGGUGACGAUUUAGAUAAACACGUGACCGUUUUAGAUGCAAAUGGUAAAAAUCAACAUCAUAUUUGGAAGAAAGAUAGUUUUCGAGGAAACAUGUUUAAAGACCCAUGGUAUUGCAAGUUGAGUGAUAACUUAGAAGACAUUUACAUCAGUGACGGGACGGGUGUUUUCGGUAGUGUAAAGUGUGUUUCAAAUCAUGGUCAGGAGAAAUGGGAGUAUUCUUGUCAAAUGCCUCGUGCCAUCGAUAUAAUUGGAAAUCAUUUGUGUGUGGCUGAUUGGCGCGAGGACGAAAUAAAGGUGCUAACGAAAGAUGGAAAAUUUGUUAAAACUUUGCUCAACAAAGAAGAUGGAAUUCGUCGUCCACAAGCAAUAGCUGUGAACCAUUCCGGGGAUAAAUUAAUUGUUGCAAACAGUCCACCAUAUAACAGUGACGUAUUGCUUUUAUUUGAUCUUGAAUAUAAAAAGACAGACGAUACCAAAGCAUCGCACAAGAAAACAACCUCUUCUCUAUGUACACUUUAUUGA